AUGAAAGUCUUUUCGUCUUAUGUACAAGAAGUUUCUUUUUGUAAAUUCAUUAUCGGUCGAGGAGGUGCGCCCGAUUUUAAAUACCUUGGGUCCACUCUAAUACCAAAUGGCCAUGCAAAAGACGAUACUAUAGCCUGGAUCAUGGCAGCUAGAAAUGCACCGCGGCCUUGGAUAAUUAGGGCACGUUCUCCGUCGUCCACCACAGAAGUUGACACACAUAUUUCGUUACUUGCUAAACCAUGUGAUGGAUGGCGUCAAAAUAGAGAUGGGCCAAACAAGACCUGGAUUGAUACGGUUAGGAAAGAUUUUGAACCUAUAAGUGGGCCAGCAAUAUAUGGACUUAAACGAUGGAAAAAGGAAUGGCUUCUAUUAAUGUCGGCAUCAGACCAUGCAGCUUGGAAGCAUCUUACCCUUGUAAUCGCUGAAGCCAGUGAUGAAAAAAUCGAGCUAAUCGAGAAAAUCGGUCUACUGUUUUUAUUGUUUUAUCGCUUUUCUUUUCCAAGUAGGUCAAUGCCCAAGCAUAUGAUUGUUUUCAGAACUUGGAUGACGCCAAAUGGUCUGUGCGAUGGAACUAUUGAGAAAGAAACUGGAAAAAGCAACUUGCUUGUUCAAGCAACGGGGAAAACCAUACAACAACAACAGACACAGUCAUUUCCACAGCAAAUGAAACAAAAUACGGGUCAUCUUUUGGAGAACAUUCGGGAUAAUCUAAGCGGGUUUAAUUUGUUUGAUCAGAUCAACGAAUAUUCACUAAAUCAGCGGGUUAAAUGGAUUGGAGAACAGGGCUCACCACUCCUGGCCGUUAUUCGUGGUCCAGAGAAAUCAUAUGCAGUAACAAAACAUGUAAUAGUUAUCGGCAGGGAAACUGCAAAUCAUAAUACUGAUCUCGUUAUUGAGGUGCUUAUUUUCUUCUAG